AUUGUUCCUAUCGAGAUGACUUGGAAAACUCAGUAAAUAGGCCAGAUAUUUCGUCAUGAAAUGAUUUAAUGCACGAAAAUCCUUUACGUUGUGGCUUUUUAUCUUGGAUCGAAUCCGAUGCGAAAACACAAAGGCGCCAUCAACAAGGUUUACUUCCCCAUUUCUUCAGGGAGCUUCAUGUAACAUCGAAGAUUUCAUAGCCCAAAGACAGUAAUGACAGAUCUUGAAUGCACCGGAGAAUCUACUAAAAUCUUAGCUUACAAGUGUUUAACAUUUGGAAUGCUACAAGACAAACUGACUGAGAUCCUUAUGUGAUAAACACUGGAUAAGGACACGCUUUGUUAUUGAUCAAACGUCUUCGGUCAAUGCGGUAACAUUUCGUACGACUAUUAAAUGUGAUGGGCUCUAUGGAAGGUGCUGGGGCGCCUUUGCUGAACGACUACAAACUUGAAUUCUUCUGGAAGCGUUUCCCGCAAACGCUGCUCGGUGGAUUGAAGCUAAAACUCGGAUACGAAGCACCAUUCUACGUUUACUUGAAUCAAGUAUUGGUGUUCUUGGUACCUUUCAUUUUUGGAGGGAUUUUUACACUUCUUGCUGAGUUCAAAAUCAUAACUGAUGUGUACAUGAAUGCUUAUAUUUAUGGAGGCCUUGUGGUCGUAUUUGUAAUAAGUACACAGCUUUUCAGCUGGUUAAUGCGUCGAAAUGCGACGAGUCUCGCUAAAUUUCAAAAGAACCUCUUGUCUCAAGACGACGAGAUUGACUUCGUUUCAUGUUGCGGUGUCGAAACGGUGGAGUUUACUUUUCCCGCAAAGAGAUUUGUUGUAAACAUGAUUGCCCAUGCGGUGAUAUCUGGGGUCGUAUGUAGUUUAAUGUUUUUGUAUCUUUUACCGGCGAACCUGGCUGGGUUGUUUUCAAACACGGGUGCUACAGUGGUUCUUUACACUCUAGGAUGGUUAACCGUGUGUAUUUCUCAGUUCUCUUUGAGUUCUUCAUGCCCGCCCGAGUUGGCUAUUUUUAGAGCUCUGGACACAUUGGAAAUCGCUCCACUGAUGAGACCAUUUUAUGUGGUGAUAUUUGGAAUCAUUGGAGUUUUGGCAAGACAUUACUCUGAGUUGGUGGCAACAGACAAGGUACUUCAUAUCUUGUUUCCUUUUCUGCCCUUGCUAUGGAUUCUGGGUAUCUUGCCUCCUCUGGAUGCACUGUUUCCAUGGUUGGCAGAGCAGGCACUGGUGUUUGGUCUUGGUGGCUCCCCAUUAGCAACUGAUUUGAGAUUACUGGUGAUGUUUAUCAUCUCAAGUCUUGUGGUUGUCAUGGCAACUUUUAUUUCAAAUUCUACUGCCAUUCUUAUCGUGUCAGCUUGUUUUGGCUUCAUCCUCAGUAUGGACAUCUUUGGCCUUGUUCUUCAAGCAUGGGUCAAAAUAAAUCAAGGAAAAACCUUGAAGCCAAUAGUGGCAGAAUGGAAAAUGAGAGAAGUAUUGAUUUUUGUAGUAAUGUUAGCAAUAACAGGGGCUUUGGCAGCAGUUUCCAGCCAUUUCUCAUCAGAUGCAAGCCUGGAGAUAUUUGAUGCCUUUGGUGUUUUGUUCAUGGUGCUCUUGGUUCUUGUUAAAGUUCUGGGAGAUAUACAAUCUGUGAGCAUUUUUUUUGGUUUGCUCAGAAAUCCAUUUUAUCCAGCAAGUAUUGAGUCAUCUAGAGAGUUUAAGAAAAGAAAAAAUAUUCUGAAAUACAUUGGUCUUCUGCACCAAGUACUGCUUUGCUAUGUUGUACCUUUGCUUCAAGUUGCCUUUCUCAGCUUGUUCCUUGCCCCAGAGAGCGCAACUGUUUCAAACUUUGCUGUGGCCAUUGGAACUGUCAGGGCUCUUCGACAGGUCUGGCAAAACACGUUUAAUUCUUUGCUGGAAAUAUCCGUCGUUUAUCUGACUGCGACGGCUCUGGGGUCAGAUGUGGCUACCUGGUGGGGUACUGCAGGUCUUGGACUACAGCUGAUGCUGGUGGGAGCCUGCAGGGACAGACUACAGCAGCUACUAAAUAAGAUAUCCUACAUGCUGACCCUCACUGUCACAGCGUGGACACUUCCCAAACAGCACCACAAGGCAACAAUACCUAUCCUUCUUGCACUCGUCAUAUUACUGCCUGUGGUACUAGCUGUACUGGGGGCUGCAACAAUUUUAGCCACUCCAUUGCUACCACUCUUCUGUCUUCCUGUGUUCUUGGUGGGCUUUCCGCGGCCAUUGCGGUCCUGGCCCAAGGCUGCCAGCACGGCUGCAGCAACCUGCCCUGACUCCGUGUUUUACAAACAACUGACACCUCAGGUAGUGUCAACUCUUGGUGUUACCAUGGCUAUGGGCACUCUGGGUAAUCCAUCACCAGGGGACCAUUACUUGGUGCGUUUUCAGGACCGUUUGAUUUGGGUCCACGUGCUUGAGUGUGGUUACAAAUUUUGCACUACGGUAUUGAAAGGCCUUGAGCUGCAGGAGACCUCGUGCCACACUGUGGAAGCCACGCGAGUAGAUGACGUGUUUCAGGAUAUUUUUGUGCAUGAGGGAAAAUGGCCACUGGUUUCAUUGAACCAACACGUAGCAAACGUUCUUUGCCCGUGUGACACAUUGAUCCUCAAUACUUACUCAGACGCGAAGAAUGUACUGACUGGUGUAAUUGAUCAGCCAGAAAAUUUACGGAGGAAUUCGGAAAAUUUCUUGAAGACUCUUGUCUGGGUUUUGGUGAAUUAUUGUAAAGAUCGAAAGUUUGAAAUCCCGGAACAAACCUCACAUCAAGUAUCCAUUGACAUUGCAAAGCAAGAGGUCAUGAUGUCAGUAGAGGUUUUACCUACUCCAAAACCCAAGGAAGCUUUACUAGUCAGACAAACAAGUCAGGAUGAUUUGGACAUUCCAAAUGUUUUCAUGAGUUCAACAGAUUAUCAAGAACCAACAACGAGAGUUACAUCACCCAAGAGACGACGAAGCAGCUCUUUGCCCAGUCUUAGCGAUAGUGUAUGGUCUCAGGAAAGCUUGAAACUGGAUGAAAGUCAGACGAGCGAUAGAAAACGCAAGCAGUCAGGGAGCGUUGGUGGUCUUCACGUCAAAGACGAAGGGAUUGAUGAUCUCGACGAAUCUUUCAAUCUAGGUGGUUUUCCAGCACUGGAUAUUGGACAGGCAAGCGCAUCGAAAAAUAAAGGCUCAAGCGAAAAGCUCCUUAAAAAAGUCGAUCCAGUUUUUAGUGAUUUCAAUUAUGACGUUCUUAGCUAUGGAGCUACCAAGAGGGAUGCUAAAGCAGGCGCAAGCGAUUAUAUGAAGCCAGUUACUUUUACAUCAGAGCAUGCCCAUAGACUUGAUUUGCCACAUCAUUGGAAGUUUUCCAUCCCAGUAGACAAACAUAAUUUAGACUCUUUAUCAGAAAAAUUUCCCGAUUUCUGGUUCAGACACGUUGUGAAGGGUUUAAACUUUGGAAACAACAGCAAGGGUAUUGCAGAAAGUAUCCUUAGUGAUUCAACUCUGAUAAGCUUCUACCGUCAGUUGACAUGCGCGUGUUACGCUAUGGUGGAGGUACUUGGAUUCCCAGGAUCGUCUGCUGUAGCUGCUGGACCUGGUCACGUGCACAAAGUGUACGCUGGCGACGUGCCUUGGUCAAUACAUGUUGAUUGGCUGGAAAAAGAGACGGAGCUUAAAUCGCUGAUCUUGAAGGCGUACAGAUAUGCUUUCAAGUUAACUUACGACGAAGCUGUUCUUGGAGAAGUGACAAGUGAAGAUGAACUUGUGGAAUACAUGACAGAGUAUGAUAGGGACUGGUACCUAGGCAGUGAGAUAGGCCACGAGUGGCAGUUGUCUAUCAUGGAUGAAAAGCCGUUCCUGUUCUCGCUGGGUCGAGACAAAAGCAAGGGCACAUACACUAGCCGUGUUCUCACCAAGCAAGAGAUAAUGGCCCCAGUCGGGCGCCUUAAUGGAGAAUGCGUUCGAGGCCAGUGGGCCUCGCUAGCUUUAGAACUACUGUACUUCACCAACGAUGACGAGGAGCGGUACAGCAUCCAGGCUCAUCCCACACUCCUCAGGAAUCUGACCAUCCAAGCUGCGGACCCACCUCUGGGGUAUCCAGUGUAUUCUUCGGGUGCUGUGUCAGUACCAAUUGCGGUAGCCCCUUUAUAAAGGCCUUUUAGUAACAACGUUUGAUCAUGUGCGCCGUUCGUUAUGCAUUUGUGAAAUAUACGCAGUAUUAUGUGUGAGCAUUUUAAUGGUAGUUAGAUUGGUGUAAUCGCCAAACUGAUUAACUUUCAAACAUCUGGCGAACGUUCUCCGAAUAGAUUUAGCGGAAAACUUGAAAACGGAAAUAGGAAACAAAACAACCAGUUUUUGAAAGUAAAUUUUCCUAUUUGAGAGAGGGAAGGAAUUGGGCAGGUCACUCUGAGGGGUGGACAUAAGUUGUAAAGAACUGUCAUGAAAUGACGCGACAUUUAAUCUUGCCUGAAAAGAUAUAAUAUACAAUGGAACCCUUAUUAGGGCACAUGUCCGUGCUCUAGUUAGGAGUUUCCUGAACAGUAAUGGAAGGAAACAUUCCAUUGUGCACCUUGAUAAUCGCAUAUCAUAGCUUACGGUUGAAAGAACGACGUUUGUAAAUAUUUUUUGAAAUCUACUUUUUGACAUCUCUUCGCUGUAUCAGAGAAGAGCGUACUCUUACAAUUCCUAAAAAACUCAACAUUGAUCUUAUGAAAUAUGAGAUUAUUUUCACAGCAAUGUACUGACAAGAAAAUUCAGUUUUAAACGUUUCGGUCACGCAAACGAGGCGCUAAAUAUUUUUAAUGCUACACGAAUAUUUCCAUCACGGGAAGAAAAUUUCAAACUCCCCUAUGGCUUAUUUAUUUGAUCCAUACGUAAAAUAUUGUUCCGACAUGAAAUUAUUGUUCGCAUUUGAGAUUCAGGAUGCUCAGAGCAGGGAAAGGAAGGGGAAGUAGUUCUUUCUUAACGCCCUUAUUUCCUCCCGAAAGUAGAAUGCUUUUAAUUAUUCCCUAAUUCUCACUCAGCGAAAAAACCUGACAUUGUUCCUCCGAGCGAAUACGAAGAACUGACAAUUUUGGCGAAAAAAGUAGAUGUACUAUCAACUUUGUAUUUUGAAGAGUGUCCUCCAGUCACUCACGUGUUGCCUUGAGGAUGGGUGUAAUUCUAUGCUACUCCGCUUAAGGAGGUACCCAUUUGACUUGAAGUACUUUGUACACAAAAGAAAGGGAUUCCCUAAUAUAAGUUAAAGAAUAGGAUAACGAAAGUGAUAGUUUUCAUUGGCUGAUGUGUUCUAAAAUGCCUUCAAGGGUGCCUUGGAAGAUCAUUGCCUCAAAUCGCACAAAUACUAUUAAGAUCUUUUCUUGUGUUACUUUCGUUUGACCGAGAGUAGUUUCUGAUAUGAUUCAGGCUUUUUCCCAGAGUGUGGAAAACAAAAUUUUUGACUUCCUGGGAUUUUACCUCAAAUAACUAUCUCUGAGCAAAUGAACUGUACAUACUGGUGUGCUAAAUAGUCCCUCUUCGCUAGGGAGAAAUGUAAAUGAAGUAGUUAAAAUAGGCAAGUGUGAGAAUUCAACAACGACAUUAAACAAAAGA